CAGGAAGGUAGGUGGUGACAGUCAUGUUCGAGAUUAAGGACAAGGUGUUCGUGGUGACCGGAGGAGCUACUGGCAUCGGCGCUGGCGUCGUCAGGACUCUGGUGGAGAAGGGCGCUAAGCAUGUCGGCAUCCUGGACACCCGGAAGAUCGACGGGGUGAUGCUGGAGGAGGAGAUCAAGAGCGUGCACGGCCUGGACAAGGUGAAGUUCCUCAAGUGCGACGUCAGCAGCGGGGACAUCAAUGCAUCGUUCGAGACCAUCCAGAAACUGUUCGGGUACAUCGACGUCGUCGUCAACAACGCCGGCAUGAUGAGGGAUAGCAAAAACUUUUAUUUAAGAGAGAUAUCGCUUAACUUGACAGCAGUAGUAGCGACCUCGUUCAAAGCCUACGGGUUGAUGCGGAAGGACAAGGAGGGUGGUGCCGGUGGUACCAUCGUCAACAUCUCCUCCAUCUCCGGACUCAUGUUGUGUCCGUACGUACCAGUGUAUAGCGCUACCAAGGGAGCGGUGCUGCAAUUCGGAACUUGUCUUGGUGCAAACGAAAACUUCUCGCGGACAGGGGUGAGAGUGAUCACAAUUUGCUACGGACUCACGAGCACUAAGAUGCUGAAACAAAAAAAUAUCGCAUUCGAUGAAGACGUCGAACAGAAACUGCUAGAAGAAUUCGGGACAUUGCCAAUGCAGACCGUGGAAGAAGCGGUGGCGGGUUUCGUAACAGCCUUCGAGAAGGGCGCCAGCGGGUCCUCGUGGCUCGUCAGCUCCAAGAACCCCGCAAAGGAGAUCACCAAUAAUGUCAAGAAGUACUACACCAUCCUCUCUGAGGGCAUCGCUAAGUAGCUGU